AUGGCACCUCCGGAAAUCCAUUCAAGCUUCUCCGUCACUUCGGGCGGACUCUGCUUCGGAGACCUCACCGAAAUCUACAAAGGCGCGUCCACCACGAUCCAAAUGUUCCCUAACAUCAGACCGAAACCCAGUGGAACCGUCAAAUCGCACGAGAUCGAGUAUAACGUGGCGGCAGAGAAUGGAAUCUGGAAUGUCUAUCAGCUAAUCGACCGGGAACAAGACGACGUCUCAGGUUGGUUUGUCUGCCAUUCUACCAUCGUCGACGACCCUGGCCAGGAAAUGGACAAGAUUCUCCGAGUCUCCGGCUCCCCAUACGAAACAGAGAGUGGAAGUACGAUGAACGAUGAUAAAACAGCCGCAGAGGGUAUCUUUGUCAUCAAUCGAUAUGACUGGAUCUUGUCGAGUGGGAAUGAAACUACUAUUGACACGAGUGACGAUGUUGGAAACAAUUCUCCGUCUCAAGAAAAUUUCUCUGAACCGAACAUGUGUGAGAGCGCAGGCAUCAUCGACUACGGCCAGGCCAUAUCCCAGGUGCAUGCAUGGCGAGCACAGAGACCCCGACCAGCCAAUGACGCCGUCGUCGCCGAUAAUGGAAUCUGGAUGAUCAUUCCAGACGGCGAGUACCGUUUUGGUCGCUUUGGAUUCAAUGAUACCCGAACCGCGGCUCGGUCUUUCCUCUUCUUCACGACGAAUACGUAUUUCACGCAGACUUCGUUCCGUGGCGAAGGUCAGGAAACCUUCCGCAAGGAAGAAACCGAUCAAGAAGCCUUCGACCGUCGCCUCCGUGAGGGAUUCGACUUUUCUGGGGUUGAAGAGUUGAAUGAACGGUGCGACCCUCGUCCUGAAGAGGAGAGCGCAGGAAUUCUGCGCCUACAUCCUGUCAGACCCCCCGAGGAGGCAUGGCUAGGCCCAUACAACAGAAGAGAAUACUUAUUUCUUCCCGAGGAUUUGCAGUCUCUGCACCACCAGCCGCCGAUUUUGCAUAACCCGCCAUCGCUAGGAUUUAUGCAAAUACAUGGGCUUGGACAAGGAGUUGGUGUUGUCGAGCAGUGGGAGGAGCAGAUCUAUGAUCUUAUCAAUGAGAUGGCCCUGAGUUACCUAGAGAGGAGCGUGUUGGGAGCUCUUCGUGCCCAGUUCUCGUUGCCAGCGGAAUUGGAAUUAUCAUCUGCCACUGCAGCAGAGUCGUUCGCCGCUGCUCUGUUCCCCCAUCAUCCGGAUCGAAGGCGCAGAGGGACAAAUGAUUUUAUGCUCUAUGAAUACUUCCUACAUGCGUCUCCGAUAGAUGGGUUUGAGGUUGCGGUGGUGAUGGAAAGGAUAGUGGCAUUUUUCAAUUCGCGGUUGGGAGCGGAUGAAAACAAGGUGGGAGAAAGGGAGAAGGAGAUGAUGGAGAGAUUAGCCAAUGUGAUGACCCUCUUGGUGAUAUUCCUGCUGGAUUUCUCCGUUUUGUGUGCCCAGGACUGUCAUCGAAGCGCGAUUGUGCCAUCGGAUGUUCGGGUCACGGUGUCAGCUGUCGAUGUUGGAAUGUUUAAAAAGUUCCAGUACUCGAAGGUGUUCUGGAGGGGUUAA